AUGGAAGAUGUUUGUGACACGAGACUUGAUUUGGGAAUUGGAUUAAGUGAAUUCGUGCCGAAAACGGCGAAAAGGGAUCAUGAUGGGAAGAAUAAGCGCGUGUUUUUUCUUGAUCUGUCGAUCCCACUUCAUUCGAGUGAUCAUGCAAUCGAGGGUUCGGGUUCUGGUUCUGGUUCUGGUUCGAGUAGUUUGCAAGUCAAUUGUAAUGACGAUAAAGAAGCAAGCAAAGACAGUGUUACCAGUGAGGAUGCAGACAGAAACUAUGGCAGAAAGAAAUUGAGGCUUAGUAAAGAACAAAUCAUCUUGCUUGAAGACACUUUCAAACGCCAUACUACCCUUAAUAUGGUUGACAAACAGACACUUGCAGUAAGGUUGAAUCUGAAACCAAGACAAGUAGAAGUAUGGUUUCAAAACAGAAGAGCAAGGAUGAAACUGAAGCAAACCGGGAUGGACUAUGAAUUCUUGAAGAAACACUGCGAAAGAUUAAGCGAAGAGAAUCGGAGAUUGAAUAAAGAGUUGGUGGAGCUACAAUCCGCCGUGAAAAUGGAACAAGCACCGGCAACGCCGCCGUUUUUCAUUCGGAUACCUAAGGCGGCGGCUGCGACACUUGCAAUCUGUCCAUCGUGCGAGAAAAUUGGCAAGAAUAGGGGCGGCGGAAAUGAGGCUGCGGCCGCGGCCGUAAUGGAGGUGGUCCAUAAACCUAAACAAAAGCAUGAUGGCUUGGAGUUAAUGAUUUAA